CUAGUUGGUCUCUUCUGAUGUUCUUUAAGAAGACGGCAGUUGGCCGACCGGCUCCGACUAAGAAUAUCUUUGAUGAGAUUGAUGAUGAGGGAGGACAACAGAGCUCUCCAGCUGACAAUGGAGCCACAACAGAACAGCAACAGUCUGGAGCAACAACAACGGAGGUUGACCCCUUGGAUGCCUUCAUGGCUGGCAUCGAGACUGAGAUUGCGAGAGACAAGGCGGCUACCGACAAUCAACGGCGUGUAUCGUAUGGAAAUGACGAGGAGAUCAUGGGUGAUGAUGACGAGGAGACUGCGGUGGAGGCAUUCGAGAGGCGGAAGAAGGAAGCCGGCAUGAGUUUGGGCAACACGGGAGGUUCGGAUGAGGAUGAUGCCGACACGGGAGUGCUGCCAGAGGAUGAGGUCCUGGAUCGUCGGAAGAAGGCAGUAGACGCAUUACCACCAGUAGAGCAUGAAGGCAAUGAGUAUCCCAUCGUAUACAGAUGGCCCUACAAGCCGCAUCCGGAGGUGACCAAAAUGACGGAGGCGGAAGUGAGAGCCUUCAAUAAGGAGAAGUUCAUAUCAGCAACGGGUCGAGCUGUGCCUAGAGCGGUGGCUACCUUUGAGCAAUGCUGUCCACCAUUGGCUGUGAAGGAAGCGCUUAAGCACGCUAAGUUCGAAAAACCUACGCCCAUCCAAUGUGUGGCUAUUCCGGCAGCAUUGUCAGGUAGAGAUGUGUUGGCUAUUGCAGACACGGGCAGCGGGAAGACUCUCGCCUACUUGAUGCCUUUAAUCAUGCAUAUCAUCUAUCACAAAGAACAUGCCGAUCUGGCUGAUAGACCGGCCCCCACCAAAGACCAUCCGGCGUGCCCGUUCGCAUUGGUUUUGUGUCCGACUCGGGAGCUGGCAGUGCAGAUAGAGAAGACCAUCUACAAGUUGGGGAAGUAUAUCGGAAUCACAAGCACUACCCUUGCUGGAGGUCUAUCGAAGUAUGAACAAUUCAAAGACCUCAGGAAGGGCACUUGCGAUAUCGUUGUGGGGAAUCCGGGAAGAUGCAUUGACAUGGUCAAAGAGCAUGGCAUGUCGCUCACUGGGGAUACAGCGUGGGUUGUUCUAGAUGAGGCGGACAGGAUGCUUAAUAUGGGAUUCGAGAACCAGGUCCGCAGUCUAGUGCAGAGGGUUCGGCCUGAUCGGCAGACUAUGUUAUUCUCGGCGACCAUGCCACCCAAGAUUGAACGCCUCGCUAGAUACAUCAUGCAAGACCCUGUGAGGUUGUUCGUCGGAGCUAGUGCUACCACGGGUGGUGCAGCCCAAGCCGUCACGCAGGAUGUGGUGGUGGUCGAGGAAAAGGACGACAAAUUCAACUGGCUCUCGGAGAAUCUGCCGCACAUUCUGGAUGAUGCCCAGGAGGAGGAUGGGCAAGUGUUGAUAUUCGUGAAUCAAAAGUCUGGCGCGUCCGAGCUGGCAGUGGCCAUACGAGAGUUCAUGUCGCUACCUUGCGAAGCGUUACACGGCGACUCUGAUCAGAACGACAGGAUGAAAAUAAUGGCAGACUUCCGGUCCCGUAAGACGAAGGUGUUAGUAGCGACGGAUGUGGCUAGUAGGGGUCUGGAUAUACCAGCUGUGAAGGAGGUUAUCUGUUAUGAUAUGUCAAAUACCCUCACCACACACACGCACAGGUUGGGUAGAACUGGACGAGCUGGUCAUACAGGCCAUGCUACAACUCUGUUGGUGAGGAAGGAUAAUUCGGCUAAGAUGGCAGCCGAGUUAGUUGAGUUCAUGGAGAAGUCCAAGCAGGCUGUUUCUUCAGCUCUUAUGGAUUUUGCUUUGGAGUUCCCACCCUUUGCUGCCGCUCGAGAGCUUGGUCACAGUGCUGCCAAGGGUUUGCGUAGAGCUGCCGUGGCUGGGGGUCCGCAACAGCGACAUGGCCUAGGGUAUUCGGAAGCUCGUGGAACGAGUAUGAGUUCGGGAGUUGGAAAGAAAUUCAUAUCUUCGCACUCGCAAGAAGAUACUGCUAAGAAGGCAGUCGUUAUUGGUGGUGAUGUGGACCUCAAUGCCUGCGAUGACGAUGACAUUUACGCACCUGGUGUUAAGCGAGCUUUUGGUGACCGCAAUGUGGCCAGCCGUACAGUUGGCUUGGCUCAAUUCCCUUCAUUAGGAAAGAGAGGUAGGGACGAUGGUGGACGUGAAGAGCAUAAAGAUAAACGCGAUAGGAAAUCCAAGUGGGACUGAGCGAAAUUGUUUCUCUAA